AUGUCAGACAUAGUCGACAUUCUUGAUUCGACGACUAAUAAUGAUUCGAUAAAUAUAAAUGUUGAUGACGAUUCGGAUGAAAGUGGUGAAACACCAUUUCAACGUCUUGUCCGACUUCAUGCCUCACAUUCAAAUUAUAAUGAAAGAAAAAAUGCAGUCAAAUAUAUAUUAGAUGCACUUCGAUUAGUUAAUGAUCUUGAAAGUUUAUAUGAAAUAUUGUCAUGUACUAAAAAAUUAGCUGAUGAUAUUGUCACACAAGUUCAAAUCGAUACAUUAGAGAAAUUUGUUUCAAUUAUCGAAUAUUUAAUUGGAAAUGUUGAAAAUGGUGAUUUACUUAUAAAAGAAUAUUUAUUCCAAUCAAUUAUACAAACAAUUGGACAUUCAAAUAAUCGAAUUCGUAAAGCAAGUCAAUCAGCACUAAUUCGUUUAUUUGAAAUGGAGCAAAUAAGAAGUGAUGAAAUUGAACGUGAUAUAAUUCCAGCAUUAUGUCAAUUAGAUCGAGCUUGUGAUGAUUUUAAAAAUGAAUCAAUUCUUUUAAUGACACGUUUAACACAAUAUAUAUCAAGUGAAUUAGUAUUAAAAUAUUUUGUACCAACAAUAGUUCAACAAUCGUCAUCAAUUGCAUUUCAAACAAGAAAGACAUGUGCUACAUCGAUUGGAGAUUUAGCAACAGUUAUUCCAUCAGCAGCAGUCGAUCAAUAUCUUGUACCUUGUAUAUCAAAUUUAUGUUCCGAUCCAUUUUGGGGUGUUCGAAAAAGUUGUGCUGAGGUAAUUCAUCCAGUAGCUCAAGUUUGUUCAAAAGAAUCCCGUUGGAAUAUUUUAUCCCCAUGUUUAAUUCAACUUUUACAAGAUCAAUCACGUUGGGUUAAAACAGCAGCUCUUCGUGUUCUUGGUUAUUUUAUUUCAACAUUUGCUCAAUCCAAUGAAGAUAAGAAAUCAAAUUCAACAAAAAUAGAUGACGAACAAAUAGAUGAUCUAUCUAUUCAAGUCGAAAAAUCUAUUAAAAUAAAUGAAGAAGAUCAAUUUAAUGAUUUUAAUUAUUGGCGAGGACCACUAUUAACAAAUGUUGAUUUUGAUCAAGAAUUUAUUGAAAAUUCCAAUCAAUCUUCAGCAACACGUAAACAAUCACUUCUUGAAGUAUCAAGAACUUAUGAUGCAGAUGAUAUUCAUAAUAUUCUUCCAAUUGAAUUAUUAGAUUUUUAUACAAGUUUAAUUGAACAAUCUCAUUCAAGUGGUGUAGAAACUGAUAUUGUACAUCAAGGUGCACAUACAUUCCCUGCUGUUGCAUUAACACUUACCAACAAAAAUUGGCAUCUUAUUAGAGAUUUACAUAGAAAAUUUGCUGAAGAUGUACAAUGGAAAGUUCGUCGUCCAUUAGCAUAUUCUUUACAUGCCCUUGCAGAAAUUCUAACUGUAGAACAAGUCGAAGAAGAUUUAUGUCCAAUAUUUGAUUCUUUUUUUCGUGAUGUUGAUGAAGUUAAAAUUGGAAUACUUUCAAAUUUAGCUCGAUUUUUAAAAGUCCUUCAAUUAUCGACAAGAAGAACUUAUUUAGAUAAAUUAACUUAUUUAACUUGUGUUGAUAAUCAAAGAAAUUGGAGAUUUAGAUACGAAAGUGCUAAGUAA